AUUUUUUAGAGAGAAUUUUUUUUUUGAAUUUUUAAUUUCCAAGUGAAUCCUUAAUGACAGGUGUCGUUCAGUUAUUAUCUACAUGAGCAUCCUCAGUUAAUUGGAGACUUAACAAUUAAACUAACAGAUGUAUGAGACUGUCCCAAAAUUAACACUUUACGUAUGACGCUGGACGAAAAAAACUUCAUGGACUAAAUGUUAAAAAACACGAAACUUGAAGGUAGUAAACUGAGAUUUAUCCUAUUUAAUUUAUCAGCUUAUUUGGUUUUUUUUUUUCCUCUUUAACUUGCAUACUGUAACAUUAUGCCCGAGGGUUUUAGGAUACAGGACAACACUCAUUGUUGACAUUAUUAUGUGAAUAAUAUUUAUAUUUACGGAGAUAUUUGAUUUUUUUUUUUCUCUUGUUCUCAUAUGAAAUUUGCUGUCACGUGUUUUAAUAAUUUUGUACAAGUAGUCCUGAUACCGAUGGUAAUAAAGAAGGGGAAAUUUGAAAAAAUAAUGAAAAUUUAGAUCCCACAUAAAAUUAUAGCAAUAGGUAUAAACUUCUAAUAAUUAUAACAAAAAGUUAAUAUGAAAGAAUUAAUAUACUUUCAAAAUGAGGUUUUCCUAAAAAAACUAAAUUUGUAACACAAAAAUCAAAAUUUACAUUUCAAAAGAAUUAAAAGCGAUUCUUUUGUUCCCAAAAUUCUUAAAAAUUGAAUUCUUUCAUCCCAAAAUUAAAAAAUUUACAUACCUAUUAACUAUUAGCUAAGAUGAUGAUUGUCAAAACCAGAAUGUGACUUCUUAAUGAACACGCAUGGACAUAAUUAGUUGUUCACAUAACCUUUAUCAAAUACUCACUCAGAUGGUUAUUUCACAUUCGUCAUAAUUGCUUCAAUCAUAGAGUGAACGCCUCAAUCUAAUUGAGAGGUUGUGGGACCAUGAUUUUCCAUAGCAGAGUAAGGUGGCUCAGAAUACGCAUACCUCAAAAGUCUAGUCAUGGACUUAACAGCCUCCAGUACGGAGUUGAAUAAAUAAAUCAACGAUGCCACCAUCAUCCUAUUCUGGAAUCAGCGGGCAAAGUCCAACGAUUUCACUAAGAUUGAUCAUGCUUGUUCCGCAAGAUACGAAAACUUAAUCUUGCAAGGAAUCAUGUUUCCCAAUCUUGGAGUCCUUACCAUCUAAGGAUUGGUGUGCCUCGCAAGUAAUCACACUAUGCAAUAUCUACUUCCUAGCUAGAUAUCCUUUUGAAUCUCCAAGUUUAAUAAGGAUUCUAUUCUAAAAGGUCCUCUUCUCGACUGGUAUAAAUAUACCCUUCUAGAGUUUGGUUUUAGUAACGCAAUUCCUACACUGUUAUUCUUUUGCCAAUUGCUUGAAUCUUAAUAUUGCAUGCUACUUUGAGUCUUAAAAUUUUAUAGAUCAUUCAUAACCUUAGCUGGACCGUAAUUGAAGUGUCAGAUAUGUAUUUACAAAAGUUUUGCAACUCAUUCCUACUUGGGCUUUUUGUUCCUGUACUAUAUGUUAUUAGUGUUAGAAGUGAUUCCCCAUUGGUUUUGUACACAUUGAUCAUCUUCCUUUUAAAUCUUUGAUGAGUCUGCCAAGUAUUUCCUUGAUUUUUAUCGGAGCUUCCGCUAGAACCUUCACUGUCAAAGACCUAAGUGGAGGCAAAUGAGUAUGGCUGAUUAUCCCAGGCUUUGACUGUUGCUGCUAUGUUAUCUGCAGAAACCACAUUGCUUCCUGGUCGAAGCAAGAGCAAGGAGAAGAAGAGGAAGCAUGAAUAUUUGGACCUUCCUGAUGGUUCUGGCUGGGGUGAUCAUAUCCAGUUGCUUCAGAUAUAUGAGUGUUGGCAUCAAACUGACCAUGACAUUGAUUGGUGCAAGGAUUAUCGCUGUGAGAGGGAUGAAGUUUGUCGAGGAUGUAAGGAAACAGCUAUCUAAAAUCAUGCAGAAAAUAGCAAAAGGCGAGUAAGCUACUGUUGGGGAAAAACUUAGAGUACACAACUCUAACACAAGUGUUGAAGAGACAAUACAAGUAAACAAAUUACUUGUAUUACACUUACAAAAGAUUACAACACAAAAACUCUCAAGGACGCUCUUUAGAAGUUAUGACACUCACUCUUUCUAGAGACACACUGUAGACCACUCACAUUCUUCACAAGACUACUCACUUACAAGGCUUCUCACUCUCUUAUUUAGCUAUCUUCUUAGCUACUUUCUUGAUUUGUUGAUUCAACAUCACACCCAUAUUUAUAGGUGAGGGCUUGGCAUUCUACUAGUUUCUAGUUCUUUCUACAAACUAGAACUAGUUUCUAGUAUAUUCUACAAACCUCUAGCUUAGAUAAUUCUAGACUAGCCAUCCUACUUUGCAUGCUAGAAUCUUCUAGAAUAAUUCCAUGCAUGUUUGAACUAGAACAAUCUAGUUCAUUUGUACCGACUGAUCUUAAUGGGCUGGUGUUGAUCUUUAACACUCCCCCUCAACACCAGCUCAUUCUUUUCUUCUCGCAGAGUCAACGCUUUAUCUUGAACACCCAUUUGCAUGAUAUGGGUUUCACAUAUCUUGGCCUUGCCACUGGAUCCCAGGUUUGAUGUUUCUUUAACACAUCGACCUCUUCUCCUAGCUUUACGCCACUAAGAAUUUUGUGAUGCUUCUUUACGCAUCUCAACUUCAACUGCUUCUUCUACUAUGGCUGCGUUGGCGUAUUUGGGAUUUGGCUUCAGUAUUCUUGUUGACCUCCUUAGUUGUGAUCGUGGAAUUGAUACUUCCACUUCACUAGGUCUAACUUCUCCUGGUUGUUGAUACACACUAGUUUUCCAAGGAAUCUCACUCCUCCAAUUUCAUGAAUUGCAUUUCUUGUUUCGGGUGGGGUCCACCACACCAUUGAUUCCCUCGUAUUUAGUAAACGUUGGAGUAAUCCAUAAUCGGAAUUCAAUUCCCCUUUUUUAUUCCCAUUACCCUUAUGUAAACGCGCCCUAGGAGAGAUAGAUUUACUUGCGUUGGUCGACUUUAUUUUUAUUAAAAAUUGGUACAAAUUAUAGUACAAAUAUGUAGCACAUUAUUCUUUAACAAGACAUAAGGCCCGUUUAAGUAUUAACGGAUCAUGAUAU